CCGCCCACGCGCAGGGGGCUCACCGAGCGGCAGCAACGAGUGGCACAGCAGCGUGGCGGCCGUGCGGCGCAAAUGAUAGGACACGAAGGCGGCGUCCUCGCUGCCCAGCCAGCUCGACAGCAGGUUCUGCACCGUGAGCCCGGCCGAGUGGAACUCGUUGGGCGUGAACACAAAGCACACGGCGAAGACCAGCAGGGCGCCGGGACGGAAGUAGCGAGCCGCCUUGGCCGUCCCCGCAAGGGUGUGGCCCCCUCACGAGCAACCCUGGAGGGGGGCUGGAACUGGUCCCACUUCACAAGCGAGGAAACAGACACAAGCGAGCAGCUCUCUGACCCCGGCAAUGCCGCACUGCACGUUCGCGUUCGCCGCAGAGCCCGAGACAACCAGCAAUACCUCACUGGCGAGCGCGAACCCCCGGCUUCAGGGGUUCCUCGGUCCCGGAAGCGGAACUGCAGGCGCGCGAGGGUUGGGGGUGGGGCCAGAGUGCCCUCCCAUUGGUUCCCGGCACCCUGUGAGCCCGCCCCGGGCAGCAGGCUGAUUGGCCGAGAGGCGCCAACCGUCGGUAUUUGAAUCCGCGGACGCGGCGGGCUGCGAUCGCGGGCUGGGAGGCGACUGCGACUAGGUUCUUUCGACGCGGCUUCUUGGCUCAACUGCGGGCGCGGAGCCGGCGCGGCGCUGUUUCUUCCGCGCGGCGGGCGCGGCGGCGGACAGAAUGAGUCUGCAGGUCUUAAGUGACGAAAAUGCCAUCAGUGAAAAAAGUGCAGAAAACUGUGACUUCCUGUUUUCACCACCAGGACUUACCGGAAGAUCGUCUGUCCUUCGUCCGUCACAGAAGGAAAAUGUGCCACCUAGGAACCAGGCCAAAGCUGCAAAGGUGACUUUUCAGACACCUCUGCGAGAUCCACAGACACACAGGAUCUUAAGUCCUAGUAUGACUAGCACACUUGAGAUUCCUUUUGCUCUGGAUAAUAGCACUGGAUUAGGAAACUCUCACUACACCUGGCUGCAGAAAGAGAACCAACAGGUUACCAAGGAAGUGGACACCAAAGCUAUCAAUGGAUUUCUCCAGACAGAAGCAGUGACGAAUAGUGACCUUCCUCCAGCAGACAUAGACUUUGAAGCCUUUGAAAAUGAUAGCUCCAGCAAGCCCAGCUUGGCUACACUGGCUGGCCCAAGCUCCCUAAGCUCUCCCCAGGGCCUAGAAAGUCCUAAGAAACAGAUGUUAUCUCCAAGACAAGUGUCUGGCAAUCCAGGUCAAGCCUUGAAGGAAAGUGUUAGCUCUCAUUUCUUAGAUAAAAGAAUGCCAUCCACCUCUAAGACCCUAGAAAACCCUCUGGAGACAGCACCCCAACCCAAGGUGGAGACUCCUCCCACAGCCCCAGCAGAAAGCUCACACAGCACUGCCUCAGCCAUGGCUACUUCACCUGAUACCAGCCCUGAGAGCCCAUGUGGAGGGGGCCCCCCCACAGACCUGACUGGUGAGACCCCAGGCUCCCCUGAGCCAGCAGCCAGCACCCACCUCCCUCCCCACAUGUGUUCAUCUGGUCCUGAGAACUCAGUCCCAGCUGGCCCUCUGCAGACUGAAGCCACAAACCCAAGUCCUCUGAAGGAAGAGGCCAUUGGCCAAAUAACUGUCCUGCCAAAGUGUGAGCCCGUAAGACUAGAAUUUGACUUCUCUAAUGAAACCACCAGCAAAAGGUUGGUUCCACCUGGGAGACAAGGAAAGAAACCUGAGGGCAGGCAUGAGCAGGCCCCACAGGAGGCAGCAGAGGGAGACCAGUGCCCGGAGCCUCUUCCCCAGGACUCCCACCUUUGCUGGAACAAGUUGGGUGACCCAAACUUCAGCCUGCUAGGAGAUAGCUCCAAGCCUGAUGGCAAAGAGGCCUGGCCCCCAGAAAGCCCAGCAAUCAGGACAACACUGCCUGUGUCUGAGCAGCCAAGUGCUGGGCCCACGGCCCAAGAGGACUCGCCUCCAAGCCAGCAACCGUGUUCAGUCCCAGCGAGUGAUGUACCUGUGGUGCAGAUGACAGCUGAGACCUCGAGAGCAGAGGGCAAGGAAGGAACCUUGGCUCCCAAGAGCUGUCUGGAAAGUGAGCUGGCAGCCCCUUCUGCUCAACUGACGUCUGCCCCUCCUCCUCAGGGACUGGAGCCUACCUUGGAGCUGGAGGAGGAGUGCUUCAGGGACCCAGCUGAGGUUCUAGGCACGGCUGCUGAGGUGGAUUAUCUGGAGCAGUUUGGAGCUUCCUCGUUCAAGGAGUCAGCCUGGAGGAAACAGUCCUUGUACCUGAAAUUCGACCCUCUACUGAAAGACAGCCCUCUGCGACCAGUGCCCAUGGUCCCAGUGACAACAAGCACACAGGAUGCAGAUGAGCUUUCCUUGGGAAAUCCGCUGGAAGCCAAGCUUGUGGAAUUGGAUUUCUUGGGCACACUGGAUGUUCCUGUACCAGGCCCACCCCCAUGCCUCCUUGAGCCUGGAGGUCCCCUGCCCAUUGGGCCUAUUGUGGAUGUUCUGCAGUACAGCCAGAGGGACCUGGAUGCAGCGGUGAAUGCAACACAGGAAGAGAACCUGGAGCUGAAGAGCAGGUGUGAGGAGCUGCGCAUGAAGAACUUGGAGAUGGGGAAGGUCAUGGACGGGUUUGAAGGGCUCGUGUGCCAGGCAAUGGAGGAGGCUCAGAAACAGAAGGAGCUUGCCAAAGCCGAAAUCCAAAAGGUUCUGAAAGAAAGAGACCAACUCACUGUGGACCUGAACUCCAUGGAAAAGUCCUUCUCUGACCUCUUCAAGCGGUUUGAGAAGCAGAAGGAGGUGAUCGAAGGUUACCGUAAGAAUGAAGAGUCGCUGAAGAAGUGCGUAGAGGAUUACAUAGUGAGGAUCGAAAAGGAGGGCCAGAGGUACCAGACACUGAAGGCCCACGCGGAGGAGAAGCUCAAGCUGGCAAACGAGGAGAUCACCCAGGUCCGGAGCAAGGCCCAAGCAGAGGCCUUGGCCUUCCAGGCGAGCCUGAGGAAGGCGCAAAUGCAGAUCCACUCGCUGGAGAAGACUGUGGAGCAGAAGACUAAAGAAAACGAGGAGCUGACCAGGAUCUGUGAUGACCUCAUCUCCAAGAUGGAAAAGAUCUGACAAGGACCACAGCCACACCUGCCUUCUCCUGUCUGUCCGUCUGAUUUGUCUUGUGUUUUUCUCUCUUAACCUCAACUUGUUUUCAAACUAGAUUGAUUGCUUUUAAAAAAGAAGACUAAAUAAAGUUUCCCUUGAG